UUACAGGUCCAUAAUCACAAUGAAUCUGCCGGAAUUUAAAAGACUACUACUGCAGUUCUUCACAGCGAUGCCUUUGAUAUCAUUAGUAAAUAACGUAUUAAAAUGGAGUAUAGGAGAAACGAAGUUACGUAUCCGAACUAAUCUCACGCUACAUCUAUACCAACAGUAUCUGAAAGGCUUCACAUACUACCAAGUGACGAAUCUAGACAACCGGAUAUCGAACGCGGACCAGCUACUCACGACGGACAUAGACAAGUUCUGUGAGACCGUCAUAGACUUGUACAGCAACAUUAGCAAGCCUCUACUCGAUAUUAGCAUUUAUUUGUACAGGCUUACUGUUAACUUGGGACCUUCGACACCCGGCAUCAUGAUGGCGUAUUUAUUGUUGUCCGGUGCUUUCCUUACUUAUUUGAGAAAACCUACAGCGAAAUUGACGGUCCAAGAACAAAAAUUAGAAGGAGAAUUCAGAUACGUAAAUUCUAGACUUAUUACGAAUUCUGAAGAAAUCGCCUUCUACCAAGGCAACCAUAGAGAGCAGUUAACGCUUCUGGCAAGCUUCUACAAGUUGACACGGCAUCUGAGGAACUUCCUCAACUUCAGAGUCGGCAUGGGCUUCAUAGACAACAUUGUCGCUAAGUAUAUCGCGAUCACAGUUGGUUUCUACGCGGUAUCGAGGCCUUUCUUCGCAGUAAACCACAACUUGCUCACAACGGGCACUGAAAACGACAGAUUUAAGCACUACUACACAUACGGGCGUAUGUUGGUGAAAAUGGCCGAAGGCAUCGGUCGCUUGGUGCUCUCCGGCAGAGAGAUGACGAAGCUAGCUGGCCUGACCACUCGCGUCACGCAACUGCGAACGGUGCUUGACGACAUUGCACAGGGCAAUUACACGAGGACUAUGGUGGACCGAGCGCAGGCCAACGGCAACGGAACACCUAUGCUGAUGACCCCCGGCGCCGGCCGCAUCAUCUAUCAGGACAAUAUCAUCCGGUUCGAAAAGGUGCCGAUCGUCACUCCCAACGGAGACGUACUUAUUUCGGAACUCACCUUUGAAGUCAAGGCGGGAAUCAAUGUUCUCGUUUGUGGCCCCAACGGCUGCGGCAAGUCGUCGAUGUUCCGCAUCUUGGGUGAGCUGUGGCCCAUCUUCGGCGGAACUCUCACGAAGCCACCAAAGGGCAAGCUGUUUUACGUGCCUCAAAGGCCUUAUAUGACACUUGGCACCCUUCGCGACCAGGUGAUCUAUCCUCAAACGCGCGAGGAAAUGAUGCGACGCGGGCGCAGCGAUGACGAACUCAACUCCUUCUUGGAGAUUGUGCAGCUAUCUUACCUCACUGCGAGGGAGGGUGGAUGGGACGCCGUGGAGGACUGGAUGGACGUCCUUUCUGGAGGAGAAAAACAGCGUAUUGCGAUGGCACGUUUGUUCUACCACCGGCCGCAGUUCGCCAUCUUGGACGAGUGCACCAGCGCUGUGUCCGUCGACGUAGAAGGACAAAUGUACCGGUAUUGCAGAGAGAUGCAUAUAGCGUUGUUCACGGUAUCCCACCGUAAGUCCCUAUGGCAGCACCACGACCACUACCUGCAGAUGGACGGAAGGGGAGGGUAUGUCUUUGAAGAGAUCGACAGCGAAACACAGGAGUUCGGAUCGUGAUCUAUUUCAUUGCAAAAUUAAAUUAUCCUAUUCAUAUCCUAUAUACUCAAAAGAGGUCACAAAUAAAAAAUUAUCUCUAGAGAAUUCAUUAAAAAACGUGUUCGCCGAGUUAGUCGUUCUCUCUAAUAUUUUGCUUAAUGGAGAUAUGAACCGAAAAUAUUUCGACAAAAAUGUCUGAUUCCAGUUGAAAGAAGUUGAUUACGACUUCACGCAUUAACUGCAAAAAUGCCGUCAAUCUGUUCACAGCCUUAUAAAUAUUAUAAUACGUCAUGACCGUAUGUUCUAUACGUACUUUUAAGUACAUACCUCGAGUUCCAUAAGUAGGUACGUGUCUUACAACGAAGGUACAGUCAAGAGCACAUCAAGCUUGACAAUUUGAACUUUCGAUCGCUCUUAUCGCAAUUUUCACAGAGUUGACUUUAAGGCGAGGUAUUUCAACGUGAGCCUACAUUUUAGGUGAGAUUAAUAUGAAUAAAAUAAAAACUAGCGGAGAAAUUUUUAAACAGAUCCGAAACCGGCAAGCGCCCGCGGAGCGGCGCGCGUGUCUUUACACUGCUGGACAGUUUUUAAAUUUUGGCAUAAAUUGGAAUUUAAUAGGGGGCUUCGUUGAAAACAAAAAUUUAGCAGUUUUUCUGUAGUACUUAAAGAGAAAUAUCUCCAUUUAAAAAUUAUGUGCAAAUUUAGAUAUUUUAUUCUUGAAUGAUUCGUUUUACACUUAAUUUUAGCCUGUUUUUGGUAUUUCAUAUUAUGAUCGAGUAGAGUACAUCCUAUCAUAUAACAGAUUAGCACAUUCUUUAGACAAUAUCCUCAGGUGCAACGUAUAUUUUUUGUGAGACCGUUAUUUAAUAGUAUAUGAACAAGCUGAUCUAGCAAAACAAUUUAUCCCGCUUCUUCUCCGGUGCCUCGCCUUAAAUGUUAAGUGUCGAUCUUUAAACGCUAUUGAGUCUGUUUUUUGCAUUGAUUUUUUUGUAAAUUAAAAAAAUAGAAACUUAAUUAUUUUUGUAACUAUAUUUCAGAAUUAGACAACUUGUUACAAGCGAGGCAUUAUAUAGACAAUUAGAUAUCUGCGCGAAUUUUACGCCUUAUCGAUUUAUGGAUCUCCUCUUCGUCCAAAAACGAACGAACCUGUUAACUAACAUGGCCAACAUCGCGAACACAUUCACUAAUGAAUUAUCUUUAAUGUGAACAUUGUUGAUCCCUUUUUAGUAUUUUCAAUUUGAUUGCACAUAAUAUAUUCUUUUUUUUUAUUAUUUCAAACGUAAGUGUGCAUUUGACCUCCAUCUCACCUGAUGGAAAGUGACGAUGAGGUCGACGAUGGAGCAAUGCACCUUGAAAAGUUCAAGUCAUAAAGUUCAGGAAAAAAGUCUGCAGGCAGAGAAUUCCACCCCAUAGCCGUUCGCCAUACAAAUGUGGAAGCGUAACGCUUCGUGCGAAUCUUCGGAAUAUCCACAACAUAGGGGUGGAACCCAAGCCUACGCCUAGUCCCCCGAUGAUGGAAAGGGGAAAGCGGAAUUAAAUCGUAUAAUUCCAUCGCAUACUCUCCGUGAUAUGUCCUGUAAAAUACCGAUAAACAGGCAACUUUUCCCAUGUAACACAAAAUGUAAUUCGUAUAUGUUUCAUCACAGCAUAUCUUUUGUAUAAAUGAUAAUUAAGUAAUAUUCUUAAGGGAAUAUUAGAUUGUAUGUUUGACAUUUGGAUAUUGUACGGUUAGCCACAGCACAGUUAAAGUUGUACAAACUGUUGAAUACGUAAUUUACAUCGAGUUUAAAUUUGCCGUUUAAAACAGUCACUGUAUAGCUUGACGUGUGGCUAAGUGUACCUAUUAUGGACAUUGAGUUCAUCAUCUAGAUUAAGGUGAAAUUCGUAAAUUUACAUAGAGGGUGCCUGAGUAGAAUUGAAAAAGAAUUUUUAAGUUCUAAAUCUCUAUUUCGUAGGUAAGUUAAACUUGAAAUCGUCUGAAUGAUAAAAUACGAACGACAACUGUGGCGUAAUGCAAAAAGAAUACGCAAGUUGAUGCUCUUUGUAAAUAGAUUUUUUUUCCACACUUAUCACUUUUAAUAUGUAAUGUUAGAAAAUCUGAGAAAAUUAACGUUGGUGUAACGAAACACUUCAUAUAUUUGUGAACAAUGAAAAUGAACGUUUCUUCGCUCUUUUAAUAAUCUAUUUCAGUAGUAGAUAAUUAAUAUAUAUUUCUUUGUAAUACAAAAGAUUUUAAAUCUAUGUACAAUUUAUCGAACUAGCAUAUUAUAUCAAAUUCUUAGGUAAAUAUACCUAAAAUACAUAUACUUAUACCUCUUUAUUAUGUGGUCAGACCACAAUAUUUUUUCAAUUGCCUUAGAUAACAUAGAAUAAAUACACGUAAAAUAAAGAUAGUCCUGAAAAUGGUAACUCCAAUACGAAAAUAAAUUUAAUGUUCCAUUAUUGUGGAGCACCGUUAUACGUCUUUUUAUUUUGUUUUGUUUGUGAUAUCAAAUGUUGAAUAUAUGAAAUGCGAAAUUACGUGCAAUGUAGAAAUAAUAUUCUAGUUACCAAUAUUUUUUCUAACCUUCAUGGAUGGUCAUGACAACUCAAUUUGUUUUGUGCUUUCUACAUAAUCAUUCCAAGCAUUGUUAGUUGUAAGAUCUAUUUAGGACAACAAAUAUUCAGUUAGUUAUUAUGAUUUAUUAUGUAUUUACAUUUUGUGUUAGUGCCAAUGUUUUUGUGAAUGUUAAAAAGGCUAUUAAAUGUUUAUCAUAAUAUUAUUGUAAAUGGAUUGAGGAAUAAAGUACCUUGUAUAGAGUGGUGUGUUACAGGUAUUAUGGUACCUAAUCUAUGAUUUCAGAAUAUUCACAACUUUCAUUUUUUUAUUCUUGUAUUUAUUUAGGGGCUUUGAUCGUUAUUCAACAUGUCAGCCCCAUUCGAAAAACAAUACCUCAAGAAAACAGUUAAUAAAAUCCAGACAUAGAAAUAAAAAUACUACUUAACCAAACUUGUAUACAAAAUCUAUUGCUAGUAAAACGAAUGUUCCUUGUAGUACACCAUUCUGUUUAUGAUAUGUCAGUCGCUG